AUGGUUAUGUGCUUGAGACGCUACCAGCAGAUGGUAGAAUUACAGGAUGCAACAUUUUAUGAGGCUCUUUCCCCAAAGUUCUAUAAAGAUGAUGCUGAAAAGGAGAAGGCCACAGCUAAGGCUCUGGAAGAUGUCAAAGCCAACUUUUACUGUGAGUUGUGUGACAAGCAGUACCACAAACAUCAGGAGUUUGAUAAUCACAUUAAUUCUUAUGACCAUGCCCAUAAGCAGAGACUGAAGGAAUUAAAACAACGGGAAUUUGCUCGAAAUGUAGCUUCUAAAUCAUGGAAAGAUGAGAAGAAACAGGAAAAAGCACUUAAGAGGCUCCAUCAGUUGGCUGAAUUGAGGCAGCAGUCUGAAUGUGUUUCUGGAAGUGGACCAGUUUUUAAAGCACCAAGAGUGGCCCCAGAAAAGCAGUUCCAAAAAGAAGUUGUCUCAUUUAAUGAUGUCAAAAAUGCAGGAUAUGUGAAGAGUUCUGUCUUCCUCAAAGGUAAAAGCAUCACCAGAAGCGUUUCCAACAAACAACGCCAGGUUACGCAAAAUCGACGCUCAUUCCAAACUGAGAGACAUUAUUUGUUUGGAAGUCGGGUCCUACAACCACUUUCUGAUGGCAGCAAUCCCUGCCACAGGACUGGAGUCUCAUUCUCUUUCUCCAAAAAAGCUCAUCUAAAAUUGGAAUCCUCAGCUUCAGUUUUCAAUGAGAACACAGAGGAAACAUGUGAGUGUACCAAAUCACCCACCCAUAAAACAAAACAGGCAACAACCACCUGGAAAGGUUAUGCAUUUUCAGAUGCAGACAUGCCACUCACUGGUGGGAAAGUCUUAAAUAAUACCAGAGGACAUAUAGAAAAAUUGGUCUCCAAUUCUGUUCCAAUAAGAACUAAAGUUUUAAAGGACAAAAAUGACCCUAAUGAUAGGAUGCUACAAGACUCGAUUAAAAUCCAUUCCUCCAUGUCCAAAACUAAUAUCCAUCUUUCAGGUAUAGAUUUUCAUUCUUCAUUUGGAGAAAAAGAACAUGGAAAUGAAAUUAAUGAGAUUGAGGACUCUCCAAAAGGCCACAGCUAUCAUCUUUACCAAACAAAUGCCUUUUGUACACCACAGAACACAUAUAAGCACAGUGAAUAUAGGUUAUUUGAAUGUCUGGAUGAGUUUCCAUCACCAAUGGGACAGGAGCAUUCAGUUAAGUUAAAUCCCAGCUCCAGAAUGGACAACAGAAUAAAAUCCAUUGAAGAAGCAGGUUCAGUUAAAAGAAAUAUGGAAACCUUUGUAAAAGAUACACUAAUUCAUGGAGAAGAAUCCAAAGCAUUGCCUUUCCUCCAUGUGCUCAGCAAAGAUGGCAGCACCAACCUCCAGUGGCCCACUGAGCUUCUGUUAUUUACAAAAACUAAACCCUGCCUCUCUUAUGGCUGCAACCCAUUGUAUUUCGAUUUCAAACAUUCUCAAAACACAAAAGGAGCUAAUAAACAGAAUGAUGUGAAAGCUGAAUGUUGUAUGGAGCCUUCUGUGACUAAGACAGAAAAAGAGAGUCAAGCCUCAGGUUUAAUCAAAGACAAACGAGUAGUGAUACAAGAAGAUAAUCAGUCACUGAAACCAAAGAAGAUGAAAUGUAAUCUAGAUGAGAAAUGGUCCCUGAAAAAAUAUCAAUCAGGCCUCAAUAACUCUGAGCCAAAUGUGAGUGAACAGGAAUAUAGUACAAACAAUUUGAAUGAAAAAAAUCCUAAAGUGCCUGCUUAUCUUGAUGUCUCUAAAAAGGAUUAUUUGAUAGAGAGGCAUCCACAUGAAACAGAACCUAUGGGUCCCUGGAAGGAACAUUUGCAAGCCUGCCAAAGGGUAACUCUGACCAAUACCAGUGAGGUCAAAUGCUUUUCGCCCUGUGUCUCUAGGACUAAAAAGCAUAAAUCUGCUACAUGGGAUAAUCAUUUGAGAUAUAAAUGUGGAAACCAAGACCCUUGGAAAUUCAGUGCUGGUUUAGCAGAAUGCAUCAGUAAUGUGAAUAAUGAUGAAAAGGACUUCCAUAAAAGUGUGAAUAAAAAUCACCUUCAAACACUCAGAGAGACUUCAGAAUGUAAACAGAAUAGAAGUUCUGAUAGAUGUUGGAAAUCCUCCUCUCCAAAAUCAUCACUGGACAGACAAUCUAGUUCUUCUGAUAUUUCUCUUUAUAGCACAAGCAGCCACAGAAGUACCUGUUCAAGUCAUAGGUCCAGUGAAAAUGGCAGAGAUACUGUGCUUUACAUGUGUAGAAAAGAAUGCCACCCAAAGGACUGGCACAUGGAAUGGUCUAGGAAGCAUAACUUUCUUUCUUGUGUCAAUGAUGAAGAAAGGAGUAGUCAGUUCCAAUCAAAAAGUCAGAAAAGGGGUAACUGCAAACUCUGGAGUGGUUUUAGAAAUGAAAAACAAUCAAAAUAUAGAUAUACUCACAACAGGGGUAGGUCAAAGCAGGGGAAGACUAGACAUCUGUGUCUAGACCCCAAACCCAGCAAAACUACUGGGGAACCCAGCACCCAAAGUUGUUUCACAAGGUAUUCUAGGAGCAGUGACAGAUCACCUGAAAACCCAGGACUUUGGGACAGAAAUAUAGACUCUUUCUUAAGAGAAAAAACUGAUCAUAUGAAGACAGGCAGUGAGACUCAGGGGGAAAUAGCAAAUCCUCAAGAUUCAUACUUGGGAAAAUUAAAUAUCUCUGAGCCAAUCAACUGCCCAUGGAGAGAUGGGGACAGUGGAAAUUCAAGGAUCCCAGGACUACACAUUUCAGAAAGUGAAAAAACAUCACUGACAGUCCUGAGACUUUUAGAUGGAGGGCACCCAGAGAAAUGUCAGGAACAAACAAACAAAGGUGAGGUCUUUUCAGAUGGAUGCCAGAUGGAAGUGGAGGAUCACUCCCAAAGUCACUUUGCAAUUAGGCUCCCAGCCCCCAGAGGUAACCCAUCAGUGUUCCCUUUGAUGGAAGAAACACCAAACAUAAGUAAAAUUUCCAAUAAUAAAGGCAAUUUGAUUCAAAAAAGUGCUGAGAGAGACAAGGAUGAAGGAUCACAGACAAAGAAUGAUACAGUUUUGUCAGACACUGGUGAUGAGAACUGUCUUUUUAAAGAUAUAAUUCAAAUAGGAACAGACUAUCGGUCCCUAAACAUAAAAAUGAACACUUUUCCAAAAGAACAAUUUAGUCCUUCAAUUAGUGAAACCCAACCUUUUAUACAAAGCUCUGACCCAGUACCAAAUAAUUUCCCUGGUGCUCUGCCAUCUAUCAGAUAUUCUGGUGUUAUUAAUACAACAGAGACCAAAGAGGAACAAAAAAUCUUUGAUCGACAUGAUGUAAGCAUGGACAUGAAUGAAGUAGAAGGGAAUAUCAACACUUACUUUGACAGCACUAUGCAGAAGUAUGGUGAACCAGAUCAGGAAACCUACCACAAAUCCAUUUCCCCCCCUUUAACACAGCAGCCCAUAACAUUCACACCUGAGGAAGUAGACAAAUAUAGACUGCUUCAGCUACAAGCCCAACAGCACAUGCAGAAGCAGUUCCUGUCCAAACAUCUUAAAGCUACAGGUCCUCCUGCCUUCUCCUCUACGGCAGUGAUGCCAUCGGUACCAGUCCAUCAGCACACAUCCAUCACAACCAUCCAUCACACUCUUUUGCAACAUUUUGCUGUCUCUGCUUCCAUGAAUCAUCAUGGAAGUCACCUCCCUGUUGCUCACCUUCAUCCCCUCUCUCAAACACAUUUUGCCCCCAUCUCAUUUUCACCUCUGACUCCUGCCAUCAUCCCUACACAUUCUACAUUUUUGGCUGGUCACCCCAUCCAUCUAGUCCCUGCUACCCAUAUUCACCCAUCCCACUUGGCCCUCCAGCCAUUGCCUCAUGCUACAUUUAUUCCAACUUUGUUCAGGCCUCACUUGAAUCCAGUGACAGCUUCAAUUAUUCAUUUAAAUCCUCUAAUUCAACCCGUAUUUCAAGGGCAAGACUUUUGUCAUCAUUCGUGUUCUGGUCAGAUACAGCAGUUCAGUCGAAUCAAAGAAGUGUUGAAUGUUUCUGCUCACUUGAACUAACAAACAAUUAAUGACCUCUCUAUGCUGGGGGAGGAACAGUGGAACAUUUUAAGAAGAGAGAUUGUAUCUACUCACUGAAAAAUAUUUUGGAAAUGAGAUAUGCAAUUAUGGUGAAAAUUGAAGGUUUUGGGCACCUGCAAACUUGCAAGAUUUGGGUUCAUGUAUAAAUAUGGAUUAAUUACCAAGUAUUUGACAUGAUAUUUUUCCCUUAACAGAACAAUACCACUAACUUUAAAAUAAUUUCUCAUAAAAAAGGUACAAAUGUGGAGACAUGGUUCAACAUUUAGGUUGAACUUCUAGGCAUUUAAGGAAAAAAAUGUCAGCUGACAAAUAAUGAACUAUAAUUAACAUGCAAUAUUGACUUGAUUGUUUUGAUUGAUUUGAAUACACAAAGCAACCAAUACAUUUAGUAACAAGAACCACAAAAUGGUUCUUUGACUAAAAUGCUAAGUGUUGAUUGGCCUGUCAAAUGCAAAAAGACUAUGGAUCUGUCUGGAAAAAAAAUGCAAUUAAUUCAGAAAAAGUAUGUUCUUAAAGGGGAAAAAUGUUUCUUUUGACAGAUUGAUUGUCCACAUUGACCAAAUUCUUUGGAUAAUUGUUAAUUUGCCAUCUUAUGUUCAGGUAGAAAAAGACUAUAUACAAUGAAAAAAUGUUAGGUCAAAUUCAUUUCAGAUGCUUUCCUAUCACCCAAAGGCUCUAACACGAAUCAUUUUCUUAUGAAAACAAGUAUUCACAAAUAAUUAGUAUUUGAUAUUGGAUGAGCUAUGCAAAAUAAAUUAUAAUUGAUAUGAAAAAUGUGAUAAUUUCCAUUCAUCAUAAAGAAUAGGAAUAUGGACUUUAUUUAAAAUGCUAACAGUGCUUAGAAAAUUAUCAUCUGGUCAUUUUCAAACACAAAAGGAAAAUAAUUUUAGAGAAAAAUGUUUAGCAUCAAAACAAAGCAUUUAUAAAAGUAAAACAUUAAAUUUCUAUUUAAUUGUUUAAUAAUGUAUAAAAUAUCUUGCUCAAAAUUUCAUAAAUGAUAUACUAUAAACCAAACUUUAUAGUUUUAAAAUUUUAUUAAUAAAAAUAAUUAUUGCUAUUCCACAAAA